GCCUGGCUGGGUCAUGUUUGGCUCGAUUCAGCACUAUGCCUUUCCUUUACUGCAAUCCAGGGGAUGUCUGCUACUAUGCAAGUCGUAAUGAUAAAUCCUACUGGCUCUCAACCACAGCCUCUCUUCCAAUGAUGCCUGUGGUAGAAGAAGAAAUCAGACCUUAUAUCAGUCGCUGUUCUGUCUGUGAAGCUCCUGCUCUUGCCAUUGCUAUUCACAGUCAAGAUAUUACUAUUCCUCACUGUCCUGAAGGAUGGCGCAGUUUAUGGAUUGGGUAUUCUUUCCUUAUGCACACUGCAGCUGGUGCCGAAGGCGGAGGGCAGUCACUGGUUUCUCCAGGUAGCUGCCUAGAAGACUUCAGAGCCACACCAUUCAUUGAGUGCAAUGGUGCUCGGGGGACCUGCCACUACUUUGCAAACAAAUACAGUUUUUGGCUUACCACCAUUGACAAUCAAUUUCAACAUUCACCACCUCCAGAUACACUCAAGGCUGGACUCAUCCGAACACAUAUAAGCAGAUGCCAAGUGUGUAUGAAAAAUUUGUAAAACAAACAACCCCCUCCCUUCCAAAAAAGAAAUGUCACUUCAAAGUGGCAUGAAUUAGAUUUUGUUGGUGCUUAUUUAACUUAUUACCUCAUCAUUUGAACACCAUUGUUAUCUGGAAGAACAAACACUGCAAGUACAUAUAACCAAACAAUUGUUCAGCCUUUGUUCAUGUUAUUGUGAGUUUGCUUUUAUAUGCUGCAAAUAAUACAGUCUGUUAUGGGAAUAAAACAAUAGACAAUGUUUCAUUAUUAAAUACACUUGCUGUCAUUUAAAUCUGAUUUACUGUCAAAUGAUAUUUAUCUUUUUUUCAAUGUAUUACUGAACUCUACUAACUCUUAGUCAUUGAGUAUUAAAUAAACAUUUAAACACAAAUGCAAACUAUGUUGGAAUUUAGGAUUUUAAACUGUAUUUAGCAAACUCAUAUUGUUAAAAUGAAAAUGACAUUUCAACAUCCUCAAAACAGUGAAAAAUAAGCUGUAUGCUUGCUCUAAGCGAGUUCUGUUUUAGCUGAGUUGUUUGGUUACAAAUACAACAGAACAGCAAUGUUUUAUGGCUGCAUGGAAUAUAUUUUUGUUAUAUUUCAAGGCCUUUAUUUUUAUACAGUUACUUUAGUAAACAUCCUGUUGCUAUUAGUGCCUAAUUUCAAAAGUCUGCAGAGAAUGAACAAUAAGCUUUAUUUAUGUGUCACUUGACUUUUUUUGAAUGCAAUCUACUAUUAUUCUAUGCAAUAUCCUCAAUGGAUAGGCAUAGCCCAUUAGACCAGAAUUCAUUUAAUAUAACUUUAGUAUGGCUUGUAGAUAAAUAAUCUAUGGCCUUUUAGAUGUUGAUAUUCUACCUGAGUUGAUGAGAAAUUGUGGUUUGGAAUCCAUAUCUGAAGGUACUUUGGCAAAUAGUACUUUGGCUAAUUCUCUUCAAUUAUUACUGGGUAUCACAGAAUCUGUCAUAAUAAUCUCAUAAUUUAAGGAAUAGCACAAAGGGAAGGUGUUUAGAAAACUGUGCCUUGCAGCAAUUGCAAUUAAAGCUACAGUCAAGAACCACUCCCCUAGAGAGUACCAUUUAGUAAGAUUUGUGAGAGUCCAUCCAUACUUAGGAAUGUGACAUUUGUCAGUCUUCCCAAUAUAAGGAUGAUAAGAGAGACUCAAUUAGUAUCAUAUUCUUGGGAGGGAAGUGAGUGACAGAAAAGGCAUCUCUGCACAGAAGGAAUUAGGACUGUGCCUGGGAAAGUGAAAAACACACUUUUCUCAUAGCAGUGUAAUACCAAAGCUGUGAUUAUGUGCAUACUUAACCGUACAAAUGAAGCUUGACUGGCUUCCAAGUAAACAUGCAUAAAAUUGUUGAGUAAAUCAGAUUCUAUCCCCAAUUCCUUCACCAGUAUGGAUAAGCAAAUGAAAAGGAGGCAGAAUCUCAAUGCGACAAGUGGCAACAACCCUCUUUGGGUGGCAGGAAUAGGGCAGCUGCCCAGACUAAUCUGUAAUUGGGCACUUGGGACUUCCCACUGCUCCCCAGAGUGUUUCCUUCCCAAACCAAAUCCUGAAUAAGAAAUGCUCAAAUUUCCUUUCAUGUGUUUCUCCUUUGUACUAAGGAUCAGUGUUUUAUUUUGUGUGAUAAAUAAAAGUAUCGUUUUCUUACUGAAUUGGUACAGGUUUUAUAAGACAUAACUUAAAUCCUAAAAAAAGAAAAAGAAUCCCCAUGUAAAGAAACAACCCAUAUAUGAAGUGACUUGAAGGGGACAGGGCAAGAGAAUCCAUGGAGCUCUUAUUUUAAAAGCCCUGGCAUUCCCAAUGUCACUGUCUAGUAAACUGUAGCAGCACAGAGGUUGCAAUGGAAAUGUGCAUAUCUAAAGCAUCACCUUUAGAUGCAGAGCAUGUAAUCACACAUUCAAAUCAAUUUAAAUUCUUCAUAUUUAAGGAAAUUCUGUGGAUCUAUUUCUUACAUAUCUGACAAAGACUGAAAAAGUUUCAGAAUUAGAAGAGCACUAUGGGGAUUUAGAGGCCCAAUGAUUUUUUUAUGGAUUUUUUAUGGAUUUCCAGGCUCAUUUUUCAUUUACUAUUAAAAUCUAUUUCCUCCAAGGAUGAACUCAGCACUGCUAUUUCCUGCCAGAACUCAGUCCUAAAAUAAAUACCAUAAUAAUGUACCAUAUUUGGGAUUCAGACACAAAAUAUAUAAUCCAGGCAUACUUUAGUCUAUAAUCUCUAGUUUUAUCAAUUAUUGUCACAAAAGUAAUUAGUAAAUUUUAUUGCAAAUAUAAAUAGUUUAAAAAAUAGACAGAGGUAAAGAGCUGUUUUGUGUCAAUAGAUUGAUCAGCUUCAUAGUAACUUCUUUUACAUUCAGAAAAUGUGGAGAUAACUGCAGAUCUUUAGAAAAAGUAAUCUCCUAACAAGGAAAAAAUUAAGUUGAUAUUUUUAUAUAAUUCCCCAACAACAGCAUUGAAAAAUCACUACUAUCACCAAUACAUUGUCAUCACUGAUUACAACCAAAGUAUUAAAAUAAUUUUGAUUCUCUAACAAUCAAGUUCCUGUUAUAUUGCAAUCAUCUCCAUAACAAAACACAUCUAUUUUCUUCCCUGUCCUCACCCACUUUUACAAAUUAAAUGUUCCCCCUAGCCAUGUACUCACAUCCACUUUUAUGACUCUGUUAAUUAUUCAUAAUUUAACAAAAAUAUGUUUAAAUAAUUUCACCAGAAUCUGAUCUACUAAUAACCAAAAGUAUCCACUCUUACUGAUUUAGAACAUAAAUAACUCAUCAAGCCCCUGGAAUUUCAAAGAUUGAAGCUAAUAGUACAAUUAUAAACAUUAUUAGUUCCAAUACCACCAAUUCACCCUUGAGUUCAGAUUAACCUAAAACUGCAGACUACUUUGUGAAUUCCUUUGGGUGCAUUUUGUUAUAGGAGAAAUGGGGAAUAAAUUUUUGCCUAACAAAUGUCUGGCCUAUAUUGAUAGUGACUCUAUAUUGACAGUGAUCCAAUCCCAUUCUAUUCAUCUGACUUCCUUUUUUGGUCUGGCUCCGGUGGCCCACAACCAUGCAA